ACUCCUCUUGUCCAAGCUGAAUCUUCUCAUCUGCAUUUUCUUGCACAGUCUCUUAUCUUUCUUAAACCUGCAACAUCAUCCUCUACUUCAAAACCAGCACUGCUGCCUUUAAUAACUUUAACAACCCUUUUAGUGUGUGCAUCUAUUCCCAGGUUUUCUUCCGCCUCCUGCAGUUCUCCUGCUGGCCGACAGAGGGGGACAAACUCAAGGCUGUGCGGUCGGUGGAGUUGGAAGUGUAUGAACUGAGAGAAAAACCAAGUGUGGACAGAAAAGGGAGAGGGCAUAGCACCUCCCACGUCCUAUCUGCGAGAAAGAGCGAGAGGGAGAGAGACAGAGAGAGAGAAAGAGAGAGUGUCUGCCUGCCUGCCUGCCUGCCUGCCUGCCGUGGUGGUGUUGGAAAUCGGACGACAUGAGCUCUACAUGAACCGCGUAAAAUGCUUUAAGACGCUUUCGGCGUUUGUCUGUCAUCCUCCCGAACCAAGGACGAGCCCGAAGAGGAGCUGUACUUCACGACCAGGUGUAACACUAUCUUAAGCCUGAGGGGGCAGAAUGCCGGAGCAGAGCAACGACUAUCGUGUGGUGGUGUUCGGGGCUGGAGGAGUCGGGAAGAGCUCCCUGGUGCUGCGCUUCGUGAAGGGCACCUUCAGGGACACCUACAUCCCCACAGUGGAGGACACCUACCGCCAGGUGAUCAGCUGCGACAAGAGCGUGUGCACCCUCCAGAUCACAGACACAACAGGAAGCCACCAGUUCCCAGCCAUGCAGCGUCUGUCCAUCUCUAAAGGCCACGCCUUCAUCCUGGUCUAUUCAAUCACGAGCAAACAGUCCCUGGAGGAGCUGAAACCCAUUUACCAACAGGUUCUGGCCAUUAAAGGCAACGUUGAGGCGAUCCCCAUCAUGCUUGUGGGAAACAAGAGCGACGAGACCCAGCGAGAGGUGGAGACCAAGGACGGGGAGGCCCAGGCCAACCAGUGGAAGUGCGCUUUCAUGGAGACCUCGGCCAAAACCAACCACAACGUCACCGAGCUCUUCCAGGAGCUCCUCAACCUGGACAAGAAGAGGAACAUGAGCCUCAACAUUGACGGCAAGCGCUCCGGGAAGCAGUCCCGCGCAGAGAGACUGAAGGGCAAAUGCAGCGUGAUGUAAAAAAAAAAUAUAAUAAUACACCCAGGAGAGGAGGAGAUAGAUGGUGGAGGUGGAGGUGAGAGAGAGAGAGAGAGAGAGGGGUGAGGAAAUCCAGAGAGGAAGGCGAGAGAGAGACUCACUAAGUGUGUCAGGAAUGUUUGGAAGGAAAUCUCUUCAUCCUCCUCCAGUUUGACCGGUGCAUUCACAAACUCGACUUACAUACAGGAAAACAUUUCAGUUUGGAGCAUACAUUCAUGUGCAUUCUGCUAAAAGGAGACGGAGAAGACAAACGGACUCAUCCAAGUGCCACAAAACCAGGCUGAAGAGCUCAUUGUGGCUGCAGCGAUCCUCAAAAAACACUGAAGGUUUCUGAUCAGAGCAACACAUUUAAUGUCCUCUCUCGCUUCUAUACCAUCCCUCGCUAAAUUCCCCCCCAUCCUUCACAUACCCCCUAAUAUACCAGUUAUAGAUAAUGUAUAUGUAACAGAGUCAACAACGUUAGCUAAGCUCGCUCAUCUGGUAGAAACACUAUUUUAAGAGACUGAGGCAUCUGUCAUUGUAGUAAACACAGGACUGGAAAGUUUGCUGGCAUGAACGAGACGCAUUCCAGCAGCCAAACAUACGACGCAGCCACAUCACAGACCCUGAUGUACAUAAACAUGGGAUAUUUCAAUAUAUUCCAUCUAGACCCCCUCUCCCCAAUUCAGUCACAGGAAUAGAGUGACUCAAAUUUGAAGCAUUAAAGCUUAAAUUUGUACUAAGAGGACAAAAUCGCUCAUCUUCUCCACCUCACCAUUCCACUUUCAAGAUGAGAAAAAGACUUUUUUUCCAUUUAUCACACUAUGUUAAAAACUCACCCGCGAAUCCUCCUAAAUGGCCUCAUCUGACGUGGAGAAGCAUCCGGCGGCAGGGUUUGCACACACGCAACAAUCCUUUUAAGACUCUCAUCGAGUGUAGAAUGACUCUGGAUGAAAAGGAAGCUGGACUCUGAUCAAAAUACGAAACAGAAAUACAGAAAGCCUUGCCUUGCCUACAAGGAUGAUACACUUGGAUAAUCAUUGCCAAGCCGGUAAGACGGGAAAAACAAGGGGGUCGGCUCGAGAAUGUCAGUUUGCUUUGGCACUUUUCACAUGGAAGGUUUCUCUUUUUGCCUUUUUCUUUUUCUUGUUUGCUUUAUGACGCUCUUUGAAUUCAUGUAAAGUCAAAAAAAUGAAAAAACCCUCCUUAGACAAAAAGCACACAGGGGAAAGAGGGGAAAAAAGGGAAGGGAUGGAUGUAAAAUAGCUCCAUGCAGAUUAUUCAGUGCAUAAUUCUGUUUCCUCUUUGGUUGCAGCAUCCGGGAAUCAGUGAACAGAAGGGGUCUCUCUCUCACACACACACACACACACACACACACACACACACACACACACACACACACACACACACACACACACACACACACACACACAGAUAGCAUGCACACAAAUGCAUCCAUGUCAAAAAAGAAGGGAAAAAAAUCACACACACAGCUCUGAUAGUCAAUCUGAGUGACACUGUCGACUGACUACAUGAAGACAAGCAGGGCUCGCCCAGCCUAAAUGCCCUCACAUUGCACUUUAUAUCAUGAACACACACAGAUCUUUUAAUUUGCCAUGCUUUUGCCUGCAUUAUGCAUUAGAGAGGAGCUGCUGAAAAGCUCUAUUGUAUGUCCAAAGUGCAUAUACACACCCUUUUUUUCCCCCACGCAGGAGCUCUGAAUAUUGUACACAGGACAGCCAAAAGCACAAUACUUUUUACCAACAUAUCUAUUUAUACAUUUUUGUGUUUUCAAAUUUUUUUCUUUUCGUGUUUGUGUGUGUGUGUGUGUGUGUGUGUGUGUGUGUCUGUGUGUGUCUGUGUGUGUGUGCAAUUUUCAUCUUUAACACUUUAUCCACUAGUCCUGAACACGGAGAAACAAUUGCAUGGAGAUCAUAGGUAGCUUUCAGUCUACAGUGCUUGUAUUCGUCCGGCACAAUGAGGUUGUGAUUCUGCUGAACAACAGGGUAUCAUGAAGAGUGCAAAAUGUGACGUAACUCUACAGGAAACCGCGUAGAAACGUCGGGGAGGGUCAGAUUAUUUGUCUACUUUUCUCCAUCUCUCAGGCGGUUUUAAUGACAACAACAACAACAAAAAAUUUGUGUGGAGGAUAAUCUGUUCCUGUACUGUUAAACCCAAAGACACAGAUGAUAACCCCCUUUUAACUGUGUGUCCAUCUCUCUCUCUCUGGUAAAACAACAAAAAACAAAAGAAAAAAGAAAAAGCACAGCAACUGUUCUCGUCUGUCUCCUUCUCUGUGUUUAUAUGUGCAGCAGGAUCAACAACUGGGCACUUUAAGGGUGACAUUUUUCUUGAAGACUUGCUUAUUAAUCAGCGAUGCCUCAUUUUUAAGCACCAUGUAAAAUGUCCCGCCUGCAUUGUUCACGCCCGCGAAAACCUCCAUAAAAUCUCUUUCAGACGUGUAGUUAUUGUAAAUAAGCAUAUGGUAGUUCGAUGAAAUGUUUUUAACAGCUUCAAAUAAGAUGUUACCCAUGUAAAGAAAUACUGUCUUUCUGGGAAUAAGUCCUUUGUAACCAGGAAAUGUUAUUACAGUAGAAGGUUCCGUGUUGCUAUGUACUGUAAUAUAACAGCUUAAUAAUGAUGCUCAUGAUAUAUCGUAUUUGACACAUCCACUCUUCAGAUCUAUCAAUUAGACGAUACUAGCAAAAUGUGAAUAUGUAACUAAAGGUUCCACUCCAUGGCUGUUACUCUUUUUCAAACAUUUUUAUUUUAUUUUGAAAAGCUGAAUGACUCCGUUGUUACUGCUGUGUUGUAUUUUGCACUAAUGUGAGGUCCUGUUUAAAAAUUGACAUUGUACCCUUUACCUGUUAGAUGCCAGGGAUGCUCACUCUUUUCAUUUUCUCAUCCAUUCAAAGACAGGAAGUGUGAAACAGUUUAAGUUGUGUUUGUUUUUUCACCUUACAUGAUGCCGGAUACUAGUAGAUGAUGUGGCCAUGACAAGUGCUAAAUCUUAAAAAAAAAAAAAAAAGAGGCUGAUAAUGAUUUUCCAGACCCAGUCCUGGUCUGAUGUGAUGCAUAGCUACCGGCAGUGGUGCACACGCUGCAUAAAUAUCAGCCCUGACACGUCUGGUUGCUUCACGCAAAUGCCAGAUUGCGUGCGCAUGUUUGUGCAAUCUGUUGUUCUGCUGACGUUAACAGGAGACUGUCAUUGUUCAUGCCCCUGCAUGGAAUACGAUACAGCAGGGAGGGGAAGAAAAAAAAAACAAUGAGCAGUAUGGACAACAAGCUGGAGCGAGUGAGGGAGGGAGGGAGCAGCAGCUAUAAUUAGACGUAGUGUGAAAAUAUGAAGUUCAACUGCACUAGCCGUGGCCUGUAUUGGUUUGCAUGUGGGGGAGCCUGGGAAAAGAAGAUGGCGUGCAUGUGGAGAGUGUGUGUGAGCAUCCGCUGAGUUUUUCCGGACGGCGUGAGUUAAACAAAGAAUCAGGACAGACGCCUUUUGCACCCCGUCAUCCUCCCGUGGCUCAUCUCAUUUACAGAUGAAGCAUAUUCACCGUCUGUGUGUGUAUGUGACUGUAAGUGAAUCCAUCCCCCCCUCCCUCCCACUCCCCUUUCCGGCCUGCAUGAGUGUGUACAUGUGCAUGCUCGUGUGUUGUUGCUGUUGUUGUGCCAUCUUUAUGAAGUGUCUGUCAGAUGUUUGAAGCUUCCCUGUGGAGAAUGCCUACACAUUCUGCAUGAGUCAUCCGGCACAACACACACAUACACAUAUUAUAGAACAGGCAUGGAGGCAAAAUAGACUGACUGCAUGCCCUCUGAUUGCACACACACACACACACACACACACACACACACACAUAUUACAUUCACACAGGCCUCAUCAGUGAAACCUCAUUCGGCUGUUGUUCCCGUCGUACCUCUGUUAGCGUUGCUUCGCCAUAAAUCCGCCCCCUGAAAUCUUCCUUUACACUCAUCCCACUGUUUGUUUUUAGUUUGGGUGUGUACGUGUGUGUGUGUUUGUGAGUCGGUUUGCACUUGAACAGACUGAAAACUGACCCCUGCUCACAUCGGGAUUGUAGAUAGUUGUAAAUAGUGUUCAAAGGAUUUAAUAUUUCAGAGAUGCGAGAGGAGAGCGUGCAGAGUAAAGGAUGCUGCGGUUUGUCCACUGCAUAUUUCUUCUUACAGUCCAAUCAGAAGAGAGACGGUAAAAGUAAAAGCUUUCUUCAUGCGAAUGCUACUCGAACUUUAUGUUUGGGCUUUUUCCUUUUAGAGAGGAAUCUAUGGAGACCAAAAACGUCCAAGAUUAGAGGAAUAAAUAAGACACUAUGAAAUGAAUAAUUAUACGAAUAAAUACAGAUAGAAUGUGUAGUAUAACCAUGACAUUGCUAAAUUAAAAUUCAGAACAUAACCUGCUUCUUUAUAAUUACAGAUUUUAAUGCAGGUGUUGCUACUUUUCAAAGCAUCAAGAAACAUUUAUUAAACAAUAUAUUGUUCCAUGGUUCAUUUAUAUAUUCAAUCUGAAUAGAAUUUGUGUGAUUAUGUAUUUCAUAGUGUCAUUUUUAUCUGUUGAAUACCGUUGUUUGAUACGGUUCAGGCCUCCAGAUUGACAUACACAGAUAUUUGUACAGGAUCAGGUGAAGUUCACCUCUGUUGUUUGCCACCAGUGAAGUAACAGGAUACUUACUGGUGAUGUUGCUGAAGAUUCUCGUAUGGCAGAGGGAGUUUGGUUCACAUGUGUUCUUCCAUAGCAGGAUGGAUGUGAAGCUGAAACAAAAGAGCAGUCAGUAGAAGGUUAAAAUACACAAGAAAAAGCCGUGGUUCUCUGGUACGUCAGGCUCGUUUCUAGCAGCGAGGGGCGGGUUGCAGUCCUGUCCAGUCGAGCUUCAUGUCAGACGAUCUGGAAGGAAAUAAAAAAAAACACUCCCACUGACCCUGCUAACCUCUCUGGCUCACCCCUUUACAUCUUGUCUGAUCGCCUCAGAUCCUCGCAAGCUGAUUUUGCAGACAGAGGAGGGGUGCGUACAGCCUGGACUUUGUGGGUGACGUAGUUUGGUACUAUCCUGUCGCUCUGGCCCUUCAUUCCUGCAUGGUCCCUAUUGGUGUUCCAGCCAGCAUGAGAACAAGGACACAAACUGUGAAUCAUCUUUGUAUUUUUUAAAUAAAUUCCUCAGCAGCAUUUAUGGCUUCAGUUUUUGCAAAUGGUUUGUUUCUUUUCUUUUCUUCUUUUUUUUUGACACUUAUUGUUUUUGUAAAGGAUUCUCUUGGUUUAUUUUUUUUUCUCCGUUGGGACUUUUUUAAAAAUUUAACUAAUUAUGAUGUAUAGAUAUUUAUUCUAGCAAUAGUCUUCCUAUUAAGAUAUACUGUGCUGAUGCAUCCUCUGAAUAACUGAAACUAACAUAUAUAUAAAUAUAUAUAAAUAUAUAUAUAUAGAUGAUAAUAAUAAUCAAAUCUGCAAAAUGAUUUUCCUAAUAAAAAUGUGAACUGAG